AUGUCUUCUCAAUUGACAGACGAUAUUAAUGACAUAGCUAUGACAGGCUCAGAAGCUGAUUCGUCUCAAGCUCACGUAAACGAAGCUACAUCAAGUGUGACCGCCGAUGAUGCAGCAUCCACCGCCACUGCUCCUAAUGAGAGUCAAGCCUCCAGACAAUCUAACUUGCAACGCAUCCAGCAAAGAAAACAGCAGGUUUACAACUGGUCACACGACAAGAAGCUUCUAAAACUUGCCAUAUAUUCUGCAUGUCAGGAACAAGGCUGUAAUUGUAAUGGUUGGAAGACACCAGUGCAACAGGCGGCGAAAACAAAUGCUAGGGCGAGUGAUCAGCCUCCGGCAAACUUUACAGAUCCAUGUCGAAACUGCAACCAUAUAUUAGAGUCCCAUAUAACUCAACUCAAAGGUGUUCCCGUGGCCGAAGUCAAUAGACUGUUGGGGGCUGUUGUGGAUGUCGAGAAUAUCUUCAUGUCAAUGCACAGAGAAGAUGAUCACGAUACAAAACGUGUUUAUUACUAUCUGUUUAAGCUUCUCAGGAAUUCUAUUCUAACCCGUUCCCAGCCUCGCAUCGAAGGUCCUUUAGGCCAGCCACCCUUUGAGAGGCCGUCCAUAGCUAAAGCUAUAACAAAUUUCGUGUUAUACAAGUUCAAUACAUUACCACAAAGAGAAUGGCAGACAAUGUAUGAUCUAGCAAAAAUGUUCCUACACUGCUUCAAUCAUUGGAACUUUGAAACACCAAGUGUUAGGAAAAUGCAAGUUUCAAACCCAGAUGACAUAUCAGCUUAUCAAAUAAACUAUACCAGGUGGUUGGUGUUCUGUCAUGUCCCAGCAUUCUGUGAUUCCCUUCCACACUACGAGACAUCCGUAGUGUUCGGUCGUACAUUACUACGUGCUGUUUUCAAAUCUGUUUGCAAACAGCUCAUGGAUAAAUGCCAUUUGGAGAGAGAUAGAAUGCCUCCGGAGAAAAGGGUUCUGGUCUUGAAUCACUUCCCAAGAUUUUUGGGUUUAUUAGAGGAAGAAAUCUUCAGUGUGAAUUCUCCAAUAUGGGACCCCGACUAUAAACAAAUGCCGCCCAACCAUUUGCAGGCUAUAUUAGAUAAUAAAACUCCUGGAAGGCGUGGUGAAUUCGAACGUGUCACAGCUUCUGGUGAAAGUAAAGACGGAUUCACAACCGUGACACUAUCAUCGGGAUCAAUAAAGCAGGAGGCUGUUAAGAGGUCCGAUGGUAGAGCGUCUAGUGAGGUGGCUGCUAAGAGGAGGAGGCUUGAUGAUGACGUCAGCGAAAGAACCGUAGCGGAAAUAGUGGCCACUAUUACUGACCCCAACUAUAUGUGUGGACCCGAUGCUUUGUUUCAAAUGCAAGCCCCUCGAGACGAGGCCGCCAAGCUGGAGGAACAACGGAAGCUGAUAGAAUUCCAUGUGAUAGGGAACUCACUGACUGGACCUGUUAAUAAACAGACCAUGUUGUGGCUCAUUGGUUUACACAACGUGUUUUCUCAUCAGCUGCCUGAAAUGACCAAGGAGUAUAUAUCACAGCUUGUCUUUGACCCGAAACACAAAACCCUGGCGUUAAUCAAAGAAGGUCGACCGAUAGGCGGCAUCUGUUUCAGAACAUUCCACUCACAGGGUUUCAGUGAGAUAGUGUUCUGCGCGGUGACUUCUAACGAACAGGUCAAAGGUUACGGGACGCAUCUCAUGAACCACUUGAAGGACUAUCACAUCAGGAAUAAUAUUUUACAUUUUUUGACAUUCGCCGAUGAAUUUGCCAUUGGUUAUUUCAAGAAGCAGGGUUUCAGUAAAGAUAUCAAGCUCCCUCGAGCGAUGUACUCCGGAUACAUCAAGGACUAUGAAGGAGCGACGUUGAUGCAUUGUGAACUGAACCCUCGCAUCGUGUACACAAAGUUCACUUCUGUUAUACGGACACAGAAAGAGAUAGUCAAGAAAUUAAUAGACAUGCGUCAGAAGGAAGUGCGGAAGAUCAAUCCUGGAUUGACGUGUUUCAAGGAAGGCGUUCGCAGUAUCCCGGUGGAGUGCGUCCCGGGCGCACGGGAGGCUGGCUGGCGGGAGGUGAGGAGCCGCCCUCCCGUAGACGGUGAUGACAACCACGCGGCGCUACGAUCUGUACUCACAGCGGUAAAGAACCACGCGUCAGCCUGGCCGUUCUUGAAGCCGGUCGAUAAAACAGAAGUACCAGACUAUUACGAUCACAUUAAAUAUCCGAUGGAUCUCCGUACAAUGGGUGAGCGUCUUAAGUCUCGUUAUUAUUCGUCCCGACGCCUCUUCGUAGCUGAUAUGGCGCGGAUCUUCUCAAACUGUAGACUGUACAAUUCACCCGACACAGACUAUUAUAGAUGUGCAAACACACUGGAAAAAUAUUUCCAGGCCAAGAUGAAAGAAGCUGGACUAUGGGAUAAAUGA